AUGCCAAAGAGCUCCAAAAAGAAGAAAGAGAAGGCAGUCGACUUCUCGAAAGCUAAAUUGAAACUUGGUAAAGGCAAGCAGCUACCAAGCAAUGCGGUGGAUACUUCAUUCAAAGCCCGUAGCAUUGUACUUCCUACCCAGAGUAUUGCUAUAGAGAAGGAUGCUACACUUCCUACCACCAGGAGGAAACAGUCAUUCGAUGACCUCGUUUCGCUCAUGAAACACUACAAUGCAAAUACCCGGAAAGAUGCCAUCUUAAGCUUCCGGGAGUUGUUUGAAUUGCAUCCUGACAUUGUAGAAUCCUCAAUGACCGUACUACUAGGUGCUUGUGUCCGCUUGAUUGGAGAUGAGGAUGCAGGCGUUCGAAAGACACUGCUUUUAUUCUUGAGUUGGUUGCUACCUCUUGUUUCGAAGGAGGAUCUGAUCCCUCAUGUUCCACUGCUCAUUCUUUUCACUACAUCAGCCCAGACCCAUAUCUACCCAGAAAUCAGGAUCGAUGCCGUGCGAUUCUUAGACUUGUUUCUUGAGAUAGUUCCAGAAAGCGUGGUCGAUGGCUGGACCCAAGGAAACUCUGGACACGGCAAAAGAGUUUUAGAGGGAUACUUAGGGAUAUUGAGCGCAGGAACCAAAUAUGGUGACACCGAAGGUGAAUUAAAGGCAACAUCAACUGCUAGUGUAGUUCUUUCGUCGCAGUCGAAGCUCAUCAUACUGAAGUCACUUUCGGCAUUUCUCACUCAUGCGGUAUCACAACAACUGCGACUGUCAAAUCAUGCAACUUCUAACCUGGACCCGGCCGCAGUCCCAUUACCAACAUGGUUCCUCGCUCCUUCUUUCCGCUCUACUCGGCCAUUCAUUGCUUACCAACGACUGUUCCGACCCGAGUCGGUUGAUCGUCAACCUCAGCUGGACGCCGAGCACCCUCGCGAUGACUUUAUAUGUAUGCCGAACUUCGCGACUGACCCAUUAGCCACGGCUUGGUCUUUAAAUGACCUUUCUGAUUUAUCACUUGCUCAAACUGAAUCAUUGACUCAUCCAAAUAGUAAUACUUCCUCUCUCAUCCACCUGGCUCGAACGCUGUACUCGACUUUACUAGCUUCGUAUCUUGAUUGCGCUCCCAUUGUCUUUUCACCUAGCGCGAAUCCUCCUGAAGCAGAGCUCAACCUUCUUACCGUGACGGCGCGAAUCAUGAAGACGCUCUAUGGAUCAAUAUUGCAAGACAGGUUCUCGUUGAGCCACGCCGAGGAGGAAACCCUUUGCGACGAGCUAAGUACCUUGCUCGGUUAUAUGACAGGGUACUUUCCGUUCAGGCCUGCGCGCCGAGAAAUCAAGGUGGAACAUGCAUUCCAAGAUCUGAAUAUAAUCUACUGCGAGCUCACAGCACUAUUGGUUCUCGUAUCCUUCCGCCGACCAUCAGGAGAUAUGUCACGCAAAGCCCGUUUUCCAACUUCUCGAUCAAACGCUUUUUUUUCUCAUGUCAAAUAUGAGGGCAAGUUAACCUUACAAGCCGGCCUGGUCAGAACAUACGUCACUAGUCUUCUGCAAGGGGAAGACCACUCUGGGGCACAGAUUUCAAGGCCGCUAAUCCCGACGAUGUACACCGCGCUGCUACCCACGAUAUGGGCUCUUCUAAACCAGCCGAAGGAGAGCCACACGCGGAGUCAAGGCGAGGCCCCCAUAGACACCGUAUUAUCCGCGAUGCUUGAUCAAGCGAUUAAGACGACAUCGAAGUCUGCUGUCAAGGCGCUCACUGUGGAGUUUAUAGCUCGGAUUCUUUUGCUCGAAACAGAGUCAGACUAUUGCGGUCAUUUCGAUGUGCGCAAUACAGGGGAGCAGGAAAAAUUCCGAGAAUGGAUAUUACACCUCCCAAAGACGCUUUGGGAGAUAGGUCCUCACAACCUGGCUACUUCCGAGAUAGUCAUCAAAUCAUUGUUACGUCUUCUCCAGCGUGGCUCCAUCAUGAUCAAACAUGAGGAAAUCAUCGGAUUGCAAACCCGCCUCACGCCCUUUUUCAUGAUCACGCAUCCUGUUCGCGGUCGGCUUCCUGGCCCGUUCACCAAAAUCCCUACUUCUUCACUACUUAUCCGAAGGUUAGCGGUGGACCUUGUAGUUACGAUUCUCUCAGUCUCAACGAGAUCGGAGGGGGAGGAGAGAGAGAAUCUUAUGAUCGCAGUGGGUAGUGCAGUAUCAGGUACCCCCGAAGAAGGCUAUUGGCAGCAACUUGUGACAGCAACAGGGCUGUCGUGA